AUGUAUUACCCAGGCGUUUGGACAUCUAUAGUAAUAACUAUACUACUACUUCCGUUCUUGAUACCCAUACGGUUAAAGAAUCCUUUCUAUAGAAAGAUCAAAAUCAUGCUAAUACUAUGUUUAUUAGUAUCAAUUUUUGUUUCAGUUUCUCCAACAAAAGCUCAAACUGGGGCUCCUUUCCAUAAGUAUGGCAAAGCCAAGAUUGCAUUUUUUGGAUGUAAUUAUCAGAUCAAAUUGACACAAGCCCAAUUCUGUCACCCCAGUGCUUCUUUGGAAUGGUGUUAUUGUAACAAUUUUUCAGCAUUUGCUACAAUUGCACAUUGCUAUGAUGUGGGUCACAAAGAAGAAGUCAGUUCUUUACUUGGGAUGUGUAAAGAGUUUAAUAAAACCUUAACGAGAAUAAAUUUUGAUCAUGCCAAUUCCUUUUAUAAUAAUAACGCCAUUGAUCCAAUCCCAAAUUUUCCUGGUGAAGAGUAUGCCAGAUACCCUGUCAAGCUUAAUGAUUCUUUGAUCUAUGUAUUCAAACAGUCAUAUGAACAAUUUUUGGGUAACUAUGAUUUAUCUAUAGAUUAUGGUGCUUAUUUGGCAUAUUAUUGGAUAGUUGUACUUCUACUUGCUAGUAUUGGUAAUUGGACUAAAUUGUUAUUCCCUGGAUUAAUGAAACUACUUACAGAUCCACUCAGUAAUUGGUUUAGAAAAAAUAUUAGCACACCGGCAGCUGGAUCCAGAAACAAAACCAAUGAAUAUUCCAUGGGAGGUUAUUUCGACAUGUUAGUGCCAACAAGAUUAGAAACAUUGGUGUUGCUCGGUGCAACUAUUUUAGCUGCUAGACUUUUCAUUGUGGAUAUCAAAUAUGUUGAUGGCGAUCCGAUUUUCCACACUGAAUUAGAUGCCUACUUAAGGAACUAUGCUGUCAGAGCAAGUUUGAUGGGGAGCUCCCUAAUGCCGCUAUUAGUUUUGUUUGGUGGUCGAAACAAUUUCUUACAAUGGGUCACAAGAUGGGAUUAUUCAACUUUCAUUAUGUUUCAUAGAUGGAUGUCUAGGUUUGUGGUUCUCCUUUUCCUUAUUCACACAUAUUGUUAUAGAGUGUUUUUUAUCAGAAUAUCCAAAGAGUUUGAAGCUUAUGUUUAUUGGGGUGCCGCUGCUAUGACAGCAGGGAUUGCCAUAUUAGUCCAAGGAAUGUUGUUCUUAAGACGAAGAAAUUAUGAAGUGUUUUUGAUUUUGCAUAUAGUUUUAGCUGCUGUUUUUAUUUUUGGAGCAUGGAUCCAUGUUAACAAUUUAUAUUGUGUCUGGUUUUACUACACUUCAGCAGCAAUUUGGGGAUUUGAUAGAAUUAUAAGAAUUAUCCGACUUUAUGCAUUUGGUUUCCCUCAAGCUGAUGUUUAUUUAUUACCAGAUGAUACUUUGAAAGUAGUCACUCCUAAACCGGAGGAGUGGGAAGCUGUUCCAGGUGGACAUGUAUUCAUUCAUUUUUUAAAAUGGAAAUAUUUUUGGCAAUCACAUCCUUUCACAUAUGUUGUAUCACCAGAUAACAAAAAUAUAAUUUUAUAUUGCAAGAUAAAGAAUGGUGUCACGAAAGCAUUAGGUCAACAUUUGGCAAAACAAAUAGGGCAACAAGCCCGAAUUAAAGUUGCAGUGGAAGGUUCAUAUGGUGAAUCGACUCCAGCAAAAUAUGCUGAUAGUGCUGUAUUUGUUGCUGGAGGUAAUGGUAUUCCUGGCAUUUAUUGUGAAGUAAUGGACAUGGCAGAAAAAUUACCACCUAAUUCUAAUAGACGUAUGAAAUUGUACUGGGUGGUAAGAGAUUACAAUUCAUUGACUUGGUUCCUAGAAGAACUUAGAGCUUUGAAGAAUACAACAAUUGAAACUACAAUUUAUGUUAGUAGACCAUUGAAUGCUUUGAAAAUAGCCGACAAGACUCGGGAAGUCCUGGAAUUACAACCAUUGUUGCCAUCUAAUUUACAAGAACAAACUCUAACUAGAGAAAGUUUGAAAUUGGAAUUAUCUCAUAUUCAGAUAUGUGAAGGAAGGCCAAAUAUUGAGAAGCUAGUAAAACAAGAAAUAGAUGAGUCCCGUAGUUCAACUGCAUUUGUGACUUGUGGUCAUCCUGCAAUGGUUGAUGACAUUAGAGCAGAAUGUGCUAGACAUAUAGACAACAUAGAUCACAAGCGGGUAGAUUAUUACGAGCAAUUACAAGUAUGGGCUUAG